AUGUUCACCGGUCUUGUUGAGAUUAAAGGAGUUGUCUCCGACAUCAAACUCGACAGUCAAUAUGGUGCCACCCUCACCAUCAGCAACGCCUCCUCCAUCCUUGGAGACUGCGGACUCGGCGACAGCAUCGCCGUAAACGGUAUCUGUCUCACAGUUACUAGCUUUACAAGCGAUAGCUUCACCGUAGGCUGCGCUCCCGAAACCCUUCGUCGCACAAAUGUCGGUUCUCUAGUCGUCAAUUCCGAGGUCAAUCUCGAACGCGCCGUCUCCGCAAAUACACGUAUGGGAGGACAUUUCGUACAAGGACAUGUGGAUACCAUUGCGGAGUUGAUCAAGAGGGAAGAGGAUGGAGAGGCCUUGACAUUGAGAUUGAAGCCUAGGGAUAAACAAGUGAUGAGAUAUAUUGUGGAGAAGGGAUAUGUCACGCUUGAUGGAGCGAGCUUGACGAUUACCAAGGUUGAUGAGGAGUGGUUUGAGAUUAUGUUGAUCGCAUAUACGCAAAGCAAGAUCGUGACGGCCCUAAAGAAUGAAGGGGAGUAUAUCAAUGUUGAGGUGGAUCAAAUUGGUAAAUACGUCGAGAAAGCUGUAGAGGGAUAUUUUGCUCAAGGAACUGGUGGAGAUAUGGCCAUUUUGGAGAAAAUGGUAGAACGUAUUGUUGAGGCAAAAUUGGCAAAGUUAUCUGGGAACUAA